AUGAGUGAGCUGUGCUCUGAGAGCUCUGAAGAAGAGCAGGCUGACGUUGAGGAGAGGCAGCAGGAACGAAGGGUGACCAGGCUGCCCAUCAUUCAGCUCAUGCCCAUGUCCAAAGUGGGCUCCCCUGGAGGAUCCCCAAAGAUCUCGCCCAAGGAUUCCCCACGCGGGUCUCCUCGAAACUCCCCGCUGUUCUUCAGAAAGCUGCUGAUGAACCGCAGCCUCAACCUCCAGAGGCGCCGCUUCACUCUGGCCCACACACCCAGUUUUGAUGUGGAGAAUGGAUUGUCAGUGGGACGCAGCCCCCUGGACCCCCAGGCCAGCCCUGGCUCUGGUCUGGUCUUGCAGGCCAACUUUCCCCAUAGCCAGCGGCGGGAAUCCUUCCUCUACCGCUCCGACUCUGACUUUGACCUUUCACCCAAAGGUCCUUCCAGGAACUCUUCCACUGCCAGUGACCUGCAUACAGAAGACAUGAUUGUCACACCAUUUGCACAGGUCCUCGCCAGCCUUAGGACGGUCCGAAGUAACUUUGCCGUCAUAACCGGCCAACAAGAUCGCACAGCCAGCAAGACACGAUCCUCAGGCAGCAACCCACCAUCCAUGUGUAAGACCAGCCUCGCAGAGGAGCCUCACCAGCAGCUGGCCAUAGAGACUCUAGAUGAGCUGGACUGGUGUCUGGAGCAACUGGAGACCCUGAAGACUCGACACUCUGUCAGCGAGAUGGCUUCCAACAAGUUCAAGAGGAUGCUGAACCGAGAGCUCACCCAGCUGUCAGAAACCAGCCGCUCAGGGAACCAAGUGUCAGAGUUCAUCUCUAGUACCUUCCUAGAGAAGCAACAUGACAUGGAUAUCAUGUCUCCCCCCACCAAGGAGAAGGAUAAGAAGAAGCGGCCCAUGUCCCAGAUCAGUGGCGUGAAGAAGCCCACCCACAGCCCCAGUCUCGCCCCCUCCACCAUCCCUCGCUUUGGGGUCAGCGCCAGCCAGGAAGGACUCCUAGCCAGGGAGUUGGAGGACAUAAACCGAUGGGGUAUUGACAUCUUUAAGGUCUCUGAGUAUUCUGGGAAUCGCCCACUAACAGUCACCAUGUACACCAUCUUCCAGGAGCGUGACCUGCUGAAGUCCUUUAAGAUUCCAGUGGACACUUUCAUUACCUUCAUGAUGACUUUGGAGGAUCAUUACCAUGCUGACGUGGCGUACCACAACAACAUCCAUGCUGCGGACGUGGUCCAGUCCACGCAUGUCUUACUGUCCACACCUGCUCUGGAGGCUGUGUUUACUGAUCUGGAAAUCCUCGCCGCUCUGUUUGCCAGCGGCAUCCAUGAUGUGGAUCACCCUGGAGUUUCCAACCAGUUCCUCAUCAACACCAACUCAGAGCUGGCCUUGAUGUACAAUGACUCGUCAGUACUGGAGAAUCACCACCUGGCUGUUGGCUUUAAGCUCCUGCAGGAAGACAACUGUGACAUCUUUCAGAACCUCAGCAAAAAGCAGAGACAGUCGCUGCGCAAAAUGGUCAUAGAUAUGGUGUUGGCCACAGAUAUGUCUAAACACAUGAACCUACUGGCAGACCUGAAAACCAUGGUCGAGACCAAGAAAGUCACUAGUCUAGGAGUCCUGCUGCUGGACAACUACUCAGACCGCAUACAGGUCCUUCAGAACAUGGUGCAUUGUGCAGACCUGAGCAACCCCACCAAGCCUCUUGAGCUAUACCGGCAGUGGACAGACCGCAUCAUGGUGGAGUUUUUCACCCAGGGGGAUAGGGAGAGAGACAAGGGCAUGGAGAUCAGCCCCAUGUGUGACAAACAAAAUGCCUCAAUAGAGAAGAACCAGGUGGGUUUCAUUGACUACAUUGUUCAUCCUCUGUGGGAGACAUGGGCCGACCUUGUCCACCCAGACGCUCAGGAGAUCCUGGACACACUGGAAGAUAACAGAGAGUGGUACCAGAGCAUGAUCCCCCACAGCCCCUCACCCAAUCCAGAGGGCCGGGAGGAUGGAGCCCUUUCCGGUGAAGCCUCAGCGCACAGUGGGGGCAGUGCCUCCACUUCAGCCGACAAGUUCCAGUUUGAGCUGACCUUGGAAGAAGAAGGAGAGUCUGAUACAGAGAGCCCACCUGAGGAAGAGGAGGAGUACAGCGGCAGCAGGGGAACUGAACUCUCCAGAACUGAUUCUGGCAGCGGAUUGGAUGCACUGUCUGCAAUGACUCACCUGCUCCCCAGAAAGUUCACUACUGAUUCAGGCAGGACGUUUUCUUUAGACUCUGAGAAAGAUAUGGCAGAAGACAGAGAAACAGACGAGGAAGGCGUCUCUGGGGUACCACGCUUCAGACUUGGCACAUAGCACCAGUCAAAAGUUGUAUUUCUGUUGGCCUUUUUUGUUUAUUUUUCUUGAUUUCGGUGUCUCAUCCUCUGUCACUCCCCUUCUCUCACUCCAGCCAAACACCACCACCUCUGGUUUCUGCGGACAGGGUGACAGCAAGCCUCGGGGUGGGGAGUACGGGAGUGCGGUUGGGUGUGGGGGGUAUUAAGAAAGUCUGCAGUUUCACACAGCAGUCACUUGCACUGGAGAAAGACAAAUAGACGGAUUCACUGUUCCAGUAGUGGACAUGAAACCAAGUUUCUAACUGGUCCUUUGUGUUUUCUGUCUUUCACUCAGACAUACUGUGGAUUACGAUCUACAGAGACAAUGAGAAGUUAAAAACAACUUCCCUUUUACCAGCCAACCCAAGGUCUACUACACAAAUGACAGAACUGCCUUCCUCUUUUGGAGUGUUUGUGAAGAAAGUGAGGAAGUGAUGAAUGGACGUGAAAACGCGACAAAGUCUUGUAAGACAUCUUGCCAAACUUGCUAUUUACAGGGACAAUGCUGUUUUGCCUGCCUUUUCAUUUGUUUGUUUGUUUGUUUAUUCUGUUGUCUUUUAUUUAGGUCCAUAUUCAGUGAAAUAGAGUAAAUAAAGAUACAGUAAAUAGAAGAGUAAUGGCAGAAAGGGGCUAUGCAUGAUUUUAUGCAGGAAACUUUAAAUGUAGCAGACAUUUUGAGUGACUCUAUCAUUAUUAUUGUGUACAUAGCACUCCUUUCAGCUGGUGUUGCACAGCCCAUUUCAUUGUGUUCAGCAGGCAGUUUUUUUGGUAGAAGAAUAUGAUUAUGAUGAAGUGGCUGUCAGUACAUAUUAUUUUGAGAUUUUCAGUUGUUUUAGGUGUUCUAUUUCCAUUUUUAUAAUCCUAAACUAUGAUUUGUGAGCGACAAAACUGAGCCAGGGUCAGUGCAGUGUUAUGCAGUCAAGGAAUUACAUCCAAAGCAAUGCGGACUGUGCACAUGGCGCCUCCCGCUGUUGACAAGUGGAACUGAAGCUCUUGGUUUUGCAUAGGCCUAUAUGGAAAAUACAUUCAAAACGUAUUUAACUGUAGGGCUACCCAAAAUAUCAGUCAUGUCUCAGUUUUGUUGCUUUCUUGAUUUUUUUUCACUAAUAUUUUUGUUCGUUUGUUUUUCUUAAUUUGCAUACUUAAUAUUUGGCACCGGUUUUAUCAGUUUGCCUUCAAGUUUAGCACUUUACAGUUUAGUUCAUAGCCAGCCCUCAUUGUGAUUAAGGGCUUGAGCCAAAACAUGAACACAUUGGUGGCUGUUGACCUCAAAACAGUUUGUCUUUGGCUGUAAACAACCAGCACAGACAUUAUGCAAAAAACUAAACACUACAGUACAGCUACAAAUGCAUUUAACUAUACAUUCAAAUCCAUUAUCACUACUACAUAGUGUGUAAAACACUGCAUCCACCUACUGCUAUACCGUUUUUGGUAAUAUCCACUUGCAUAAAUUACUAGACACUGGGCAGUGUACUAGGAGGGUUGCAAAGAAGGAUGUUAGCAUCAUUGUAACUGUAUAAAAAAAAAUCCAAGAGGUUACCAAGAGACAGUUUCCUGUGCCAGAAUGUUUUUUGUCUUUUUUCUCUCAUUGAUCAAUAUUUCGCUCUUCACAGGGACAUAGUCAAUGACAAAACAAGUGCCAAGCAAGCAUGACACAACCCGUACUGUAAUUUCCAUUUUGCCACUGGCUACUUUCCAUCAGUGACUGAUAAAGUUGGUUGAUUGUAGCACCCUGUGUGCCAAUCUGACCCCAGUGUCUCUGUUCCUUUUUUUCUAACUCCUGUUCAAAUAGUAACUGAAACUGAUAUUGUCUUAAAUCAGUAAUGUGUUUUCUUGUGUGUGAGCGAAUUACUUUUUUGAUGUAUUUGCUAAGAAAAAAAACCAAAGCACUUUUUUAUGGUACUUUUACAGUUCUGCACUUCCAGUACAGUUGAACAUGUAUAACGUGACUGUUUCACUGUUUUUCCGUUGGCAAAUGGCCUGAAGGUUGAGAUGAAUUGCACGGGCUACACCACUACAGCUCCUAAAGGUUGGAUGUUCGAGGGACUGAAGUUGUUUUGUCUUUGUUCUUUUUAUAAUUGACUGUACAAAAAAAAUGUCUUUUGUUGAAAUGCAUGACAUUGGCUGCAGGAUUCAAAGAAUAUGAAGAGUAUGUAGAGUUCUUACAAAACCUAGCCUGUGGAGAGACCUGUUUUAUUUUAUUACCAGAGUAAAUCAUGUUUUAAUGUGUGAACGAGCUGAACGCCUUAUUUUCAAACUUGUUUUUUUUUUCUGGUCAUAGAUGUGUUCACUGACAUGCUGGAGUAAAACAUGUGCAAUCCUUUCUGUAGCCAUAAACAGCAACAAACAGACCAACACUCAAGGAUGCCUUCAACACUAAGGACUAUUUAAUGACAGCUUAACCAGCACGACAUGCGAAGAUUCAUUCUGUCUCUCUGUGUGUCACUAAUUGUUUGAUUUUGUACAUUUUCCUCACAGUGCUUCAUGUACAGUUUAUUUAUUAUAUUAUCUGUCAGAAACGAUGGAACAGUAGACUUUAUUUUAGUCUGAGGUUUAGUACUUAUGUAUAGCUUGAUGUGUGGGAAAGUCAAACAGGACAGAUUUCAACUAUUACUCAGCUUUUUUCCUUCUCAUUUCAUUUCUUUAUGUCUGCAAGUAACAAUAUACAUAAGCAAAAAUACUCACUUUCUUGUUUUUCUUGGGAAAAAAAUAGCUGAGUGACAGAUUUUCGUCUGGGUUUUCUGAGAAACCUCUCCUCUCCCGUCUUCCCCUGCUUCUAUUGGUUUGGUCAGAUCACGUAUUCAUGAAGGAUCUUACAGUAAGUGUGCUGAUCUGAGACUUCUUCGUUUCAUAGUGAAGAUAACAUAGUCAUACAGCCUCAAGUCGUCCUAGAUCAGUGUUUUUGUUCUUAGAGAUUUUAUGAAUAUGGGUCAUGAACUAAGACUCUGCAGCUUUGACAAUCCAAACUCUGCUGUUUAACUCUCUCAAACUAGAACUGUAUGCCUUGCCAAUAAAGGAAAAACUAUUUACUCUUUGA